CUGAGUUCCUGAGUCGUGUGCAUCGGCAACGGUAGUGACGCGUGUUGCCCGGAGGAUGGCGGCCGCCGGCUUACCCCGCGUGGUUCCCAGCGACCUGUAUCCCCUCGUGCUCGGCUUUCUGUGCGACAACCAACUCUCGGAGGUGGCCAAUAAGUUCGCCAAGGCAACAGGCGCUACCCAGCAGGAUGCCAAUGCCUCUUCCCUCUUGGACAUCUAUAGCUUCUGGCUCAAUAGGUCCACCAAGGCUCCAAAGCGGAAAUUACAAGCAAAUGGACCAGUGACUAAGAAGGCUAAAAAGAAGACUUCGUCCAGUGACAGCAGUGAAGACAGCAGUGAGGAGGAGAAAGCCCAAGGACCUCCAGCUAAGAAAGUUGCUGUACCUGCCAAGCGUGCCAGUCUACCUCAGCAUCCUGGAAAGGCUUCAGCCAAUGCAUCAGAGAGUAGCAGCAGUGAAGAAUCCAGUGAUGAUGAGGAGGAAGAGGAGGACGAAAAGAAAAAGCCUGUCCAGAAGGGAGUUAAGCCCCAAACCAAGGCGGUCAAAGCUCCUCCUAAGAAGGCCGAGAGCUCUGAUUCUGAUUCUGACUCAAGCUCAGAAGAUGAGGCACCAAAGAACCAGAAGCCAAAGGCAACACCUGUGGCAGCUAAAGCUCAGGCUAAAGCCCCAGGCAAACCAGGCACUCCUGCUCGGGCAGCACCUAAAGUAGCUAAUGGCAAAGCAGCUAGCAGUAGUAGCAGCAGCAGCAGUAGCAGCAGCGAUGACUCAGAGGAGGAGAAGGCAGCAGCCAUCUCUAAGAAGACUGUGCCUAAAAAGCAAGUAGCAGCCAAGGCUCCGGUGAAAGCAGCUGCCACCCCUACCCAAAAGAGUUCCAGCAGUGAUGAGGACUCCUCGAGUGAGGAGGAAGGGGAGGAGGAGCAGAAAAAGCCCAUGAAGAAAAAACCAGGUCCAUAUAGUUCAGUGCCCCCGCCUUCUGCUCCCCCACCCAAGAAGUCCCUGGGAACCCAGGCUCCCAAGAAAGCUGCAGAGAAGAAACAGCCUGAAGAGAGCAGUGACGACAGCAGUGAUGAAUCUGAUUCAAGCUCUGAAGAAGAAAAGAAACCGCCAGCUAAGCCAGUCAUCUCUAAAGCAGCCACUAAACCAGCUCCAGCAAAGAAGGCAGCAGAGAGCUCUUCAGACAGCUCAGACUCUGACAGUUCUGAGGAAGAAGCUCCUGCCAAGCCAGCCAGUGCCACCAAAAAUCCCUCAAGUAGGCCAGCUACCACUCCCAAGCAGCCUGCAGCUAAGACAGCCACAGCUCUCAAGCAGCCUGCAGGCAGUGGCCAGAAGCCUCUGACCAGAAAAGCUGAUAGUAGCUCCAGUGAGGAGGAGAGCAGUUCUAGUGAGGAGGAGGAGGAUGUGGGGAAGGCGAAGAAGACAGUGGCCACCCCUAAGGCCAAGGUGAUGGCCAAAGCAGUGCCAUCUUUGCCUGCCAAACAGGCCUCUCAGGGUGGUGGAGACAGCAGCUCUGAUUCAGACAGCUCUAGCAGUGAGGAAGAGGAGGAAGAGAAGGCAUCUAAGCCCCCAGCUAAAAAGAAGCCACAGAAGACAGCAGGAGCUGUAGCCCCUUCCAAGCCAGCCUCCACAAAGACAGUGAAGGCCAAGAGCAGCAGCAGUUCUUCAGAUGACUCCAGUGAAGAAGAGGAGGAGGAGGAGGAGAAGCCCAAGGGCAAGGGUACUCCUAGACCACAAGCCCUCAAAACCAAUGGCACCUCUACACCGACCACCCAGAAUGGAAAAGCAGAUAGGAACAGCAACAAGGAGGAGGAAGGAAAGACAAAGGCAGCAGUAGCAGUUUCUAAGCCAGCGCGGUGCAGCCGGAGACUGGGGGGAACGAGCCAAUCAGGUCCUGAAGUUCACCAAAGGCAAAUCCUUCCGGCAUGAGAAGACCAAGAAGAAGCGGGGCAGUUAUAGGGGAGGCUCCAUCUCUGUCCAGGUUAAUUCAAUUAAGUUUGACAGCGAGUGACCUGCGGUGAUCCUAGCAAAGCAGGGGUGAUGAUCCAAGACUACUUACUUUCCCCAGUGGACCUAGGAGCUCUCAGCUCUAUUAGGGGAGGUAUUGGUGAGGACAGCAGCCUAGAAUAGGUCUGAAGACAUUGUAUCGGAACAUCCUCUCUGGUCCUUUCUGUGUUCGUAGUUUUGUACAGACUUGUUUGUGAGUGUUGAGUAGCAAGGACAAGGUAAGGGGAGUGUUCUUUUUAAAUAAAAAUUAGUUUUAGUUGUCAUCCCCUUCUCCCUGUUCUGUGGAAGUCCUCAUGCUGAGAAAUUUGUAUAUUUUCUAUUGAAUCAUUUCCUAUUGAUUUUUGUUGUGAUUUUCAGAGGUGUGUUCCCAUAGAUAAAAGCUAUUGCCCAAGACAUAGUAAAGGUUACGUGUGAAUUUUUAUAAUUGGAGAAUUCUGCCUAUGUGAGUGCACAUGUCCACAUUUCAUCCCUCCUAUUACUCAGCCCUGGUGAGGGGCAGUUGAGAAUGGUUAAUGUAUAUGUCUGUUAAGCAUGCACUAUGUAGUUCUUCCUCAUUCAUGCGGUCUAAGACUGACGUUUUCAGCCAGCAUGGACGUAGCUACUUUGGGGGAUAAAAUUAACUGUUUUGUUACAGGCAAAAUUAUGGUGUGUGAAUGCUGUGGAGUCAGUCUGAAUAUCUUGUUUUCUGUAAUUUUAUCACUAUUACGGAAUAUUUGCAAUACCUGUUUUUUAAUUUGAAAGCAUAAACUUUUUUAUUGUUCAAAAGACUUGUUUUGGUGACUUGACCUUUAACAGUGUUGAGUACUAAAUUGAAAACUGCAUCAUCUGAUUUUUUUAUAUUUUAGAGAACAAAAUAACAUUAAUCUGGAAAGUACAUAUCACUUGGUAUGUCUAUCUUAGUAGCAAUACUGACACAAAAUUAGUUUCAAUAACUCCUGUGUGGUUGGGAAUCAUUGAUUAAGAAAGUGAAAGAAGAAAAAUAACCUCAAUCCUCAGUAGGAAUUAGAUUACAUUAGGUAAAUUUAUAGGUCACCUAUGUAUGUGCUAAUGAAAAUGGGAAGAACCUUUACAAUGCAUAUUAUCUGGUAAAACUUGAAUAGAGUGGGUUUGGGAGAGCAUCCUAAUAGGAUUAAUGUGUCUUGUAGUUGCUAUGUGGGAGCAAGUGAUGUGCCCCUUUCAGAACCUUAACUGUCCGUAACAGUGGAGGGGACGAUAAAAACCAGUGAGCAGCGCUAUGGUAGGCUAAGCUGGCUGAUGGUAAAGCUGCAGGUCAUGCUGCCUGUGCUCAGCCAGAGCACAGUGGAGAAGGAAGAGUCAACAAACUGGAGACUGGGCUGUCCUGUGGUGGGAAGGUGUGCUCCAGUUUCAUGGGCAAGGUAUAGGUCCUGAAGUUAACUUCCCCUUUUUUGGAUUCCAUACUCUCCAAAUAACCUGAUAAUAACCUGGUUUUCCAUGUAACUGCCUCUAGGUAGGAAACGCACUGUUCAUGCUGACAUAGGUGUUUCAGUCUGCAUGGUAAAGUUAUACAUCUUACUACAAAAUAAUAAACUGGUUGGUUUCUAAUGUGUCAUGGAGUUUUAUUGUGAGUCCAAAGCUCUCCUACCUCCUAUUCACACCAAAACAACUUGGGUGCCAGUUAAAGGGCUGGGAUCCACACCUCUGAGUUCACUACAGAGCCUUCUUGGGGUUGGCCAUACCUCAUCUCUUGGUGCCUUUUCCAGGCAGUAGUCCAGCCAGUGUGUAGUCUAAAUUGGGGUUGGCAAAAUGGCCUAUGGGCCAGAUCCAGCCCACGGCUUGUUUGUGUAUUACUUAAAGGGCUUAAAAAAAAAAAAAAAA